CUGAGGUUUCAGUGAGGGGAGCAACAGGCUGGCUGGUGACAAGGGGCAAAGGCUUUAGAUAGAUAGAGGGGGAAACGAUUAAGAAUACCAACAAGAACAAGAAGGAGAGCAACUGAGGACAGACAGGAAGUGAAUGCUAGAGAGAGGGAGUCAUAGGAAGAUAAGGAAAGAGAGACAGGCUGAGAUUUAAGCUGUGCAGGUGAAGGUCUGUCACCUUUGAACCGCUGGAGGAGGCACGCUGAGGCUGAGAGUGAAGACUCUGACAGAGACCAAGAGGACAGCCAUGUUUACAGCCAGACCAGAGACUCAGCCGUAAAAGACAAGAGGCGGUCGCCCCCCUCCAACAGAUCCCCCUCCGCCCAACAACGCAACCCUCACCACAGCGGCUCCACAGACGAACAGGAGAGCCCCGAGAGAGUGGUGCAGAAGGAGAAGCUCCAUGCAGAGCUGAAGCGGGUGUUGAGUCAGAAGAGAAGUCACCUGAGAGAGUCGACCUGCCAGCUGGCCCAACCAGAGAUGGACUCAGAGCCAACAGACGAACAGACAUGUGUGGACGAAGCCUCUCAGUCCAUGGAAAUCGUGGUGGAGACGGAGGCGGAGGCCGGCGCCAGCGGCUACAGUGUGACUGGUGGAGGACAGCGAGGGAUCUUUGUUAAAGACGUCCUCAGAGACUCACCAGCCGCUAAACAUCUCAGUCUACAGGAAGGUGACCAGCUGCUGAGUGCCAAGGUCUACUUUGACAACGUGAGGUAUGAAGACGCUCUGAAGAUCCUUCAGUGUGCGGAGCCAUAUAAGGUCAGCUUCCAGCUGAAGAGGACCAUCCCUGGAGCAGAGAUCUUCAUACGACCUCGAGUUCCCAGCGUGGAGGUUAAAGGUCCCAAAGCCAAGAUGGCCAAAAUGAGUGUGAAGGGCAUCAAGCCGUUCAAGGCCAAGAAGAAGAGAGGUGGUCGUUUUGGUCUGAAGAGGCUGAAGGAGAAGCGCAGAGAGGAGCUGGUGAUCGAGGGAACGCCCCCCAGGCUGGAGAUGAGCGACGUUGACGUGGAGUUUUCGCUUCCCAAAUUCAAACAGAGGAGGAGCGCAAAGGUCGAAGCAGAAGGAGCCGGAGGAGCAGCAGCCGUGGGGAAGGUCAAGAGGAGGAUCAGGUUUCCCCACAUGAAAACAAAGGGUUACACUGGAGAAGGCACAGGAGGAAAAGUGGAAACAGGACGACUCGAGGGACAGGUGAACAUCUCUCCACCUGAGAUACCUGGAGCUAAAGUGAAAGCCAAAGGACACAAGUUUGGAAUCUCCUUUCCGAAGAGCAAACACACAAAGUCUGGCUCAGCGUUGGAAGCUGGAUCUGUGGAGCUGAAGCCUCCGGGUGUGAACAUCCAGCCACCAUCUGUGGAGUUCAGUUUGUCUGGUGAUAAAAACGUGGACGUGGAGAAGGGAGGGGUUAAGCUUAACGCGCCUGAUGUGGAGUUUGCACUUCCUUCGGGAAAAGCAGAAGCAUCUUUGCCUGCUGUGAAGGGAAAGGCAGAAAUCAAAGCUCCCAAAAUCGACAUCAGAGGAGGAGCUGAUGCAGCUGUGGGAAAAGUUGAUAUAGACGUCGGCAAAGGAGAUGCAAAGCUAAGAAUGCCAAAGUUGAAACUACCCAAAGUAAGACUCUCGCGUCAUUCAGAUGAGAUUGAUGCCAACAUCAAGGUGAAAGCCAAAGAGAUGAAAGGGCCUCACACUGAUAUAACACCUCCAAAAGUAGAAAUCAAAGGAGGUGGUGAGAUUGGUUUCCCUGAGGCAAAUAUCGCCAAACCAAAGAUGGAAGUAGAUCUCUCCGGAAAAGCUAUUCAAAUGCCUUCUGUUGAUAUUGCUUUACCAAAAGUGAAGGGAAAGUCUGACAUGGGCGUCUCACUCCCAGAGUACGAAGGAGCAAUCAAAAUGCCUGCCAUUGACAUCUCUGUGCCUGAUGUUGAUUUGGAAUUUGACACCGGACGCAGAAUUCCUGAUGAAGUGGAGGGCACUUUUAGAGGCCCCAAAAUCUCCAUGCCAAAUGUUGACAUCUCGUUGCCAAAGAUGGGAUCAUCCAGUGUGGAUAUUGAAGGUCCAGAAGGUGGUGGGAAAUUCAGUCUACCUUCUGUUGACAUCUCUCUCCCAAAGCUGAAAACAGAGGCUGGAGAUGUUGAUAUGGAUUAUUUUGUUGGUGGAGAUGGGAAGUUCAAAAUGCCUGAGUUUGACAUAUCUCUCCCAAAAAUGAAGUCACCAGAAGGAGAAGUAAAUAUAAAAGGAGAAGGCUUCAAGUUACCCAAAGUAGACCUGACGCUUCCCAAAGGCAAAGCAGGAACGACCGAUAUUGAAGGUGGAGGGAAAUUUCAGUUACCAUCGGUUGACAUCUCCCUCCCUAAAAUGAAGACGGGUGAGAUGGAGGUCGACAUCGAAGGCCCUGAAGUAAAAGGUGGUAAAUUUGAAAUGCCAACACUUGACAUUUCUCUGCCCAAAGGCAAAAUGGAAGGAGACAUUGAAGUAGAAGGGCUUGCUGGGAAGGGAGGAAAAUUCAAAAUGCCUACAUUUGAUGUUUCUCUACCAAAGCUGAAACAACCAGAAGGCCACAUGAACAUAGAGACACCCAAGCUUGAGGGUGGAGGUAAGAUCCAGAUGCCCUCUCUAGAUAUAUCGAUGCCAAAAGGAAAAAUGGAGGGUGACUUUGAAAUAGAGGGUCCAUCUGCAAAAGGAGGGAAGUUCAAAAUGCCCUCACUCGACGUCAGACUCCCUAAGAUGGAGACAUCUGGGGUUGAGGUUGACUUACCAGAGAUUAAAGGAGGGAAACUUGAGAUGCCAUCAGUAGACAUUUCUCUACCGAAAGGUAAAUCCAAGGGUGAGAUUGACAUCGAGGGAAAAGGAGGCAAGUUUAAAAUGCCUUCAUAUGAUAUAACUCUUCCAAAAAUGAAGUCUCCUGAGGGAGAGCUUGUUUUGGAGGGACCUGAAAUCAAAGGUGGAAAGAUCAAGAUGCCUACUGUUGAUGUCUCUGUUCCCCAAGGAAACAUAGAGGGAGAUUUUAACAUCGAUGGCGGUAAAGUAAAAGGAGGCAAAUUCAACAUGCCCUCUCUAGACAUUUCUCUCCCAAAAAUGAAGCUACCUGAAGGAGACGUGAAGCUAGAAUACCCUGAACUUCCAAAUGUUGACUUUUCACUCCCCAAGGCAAACAUGGAGGGCAACAUGGAGCUUGACGGCAGUGGUGUUAGCGGAGCCAAGUUCAAGAUGCCAACUUUUGACGUGUCACUCCCAAAGAUGAAAACCAGGGAGGGUGAGAUUGAUAUCGAAGGACCUGAAGUCAAAGGAGGAGCAAAGUUCAACAUGCCGUCGCUCGACAUCUCUCUUCCUGCUAUGAAAUCACCAGAGGGGGAGGUAAAGAUCGAAGGUCCCGGAGCCAAAGGAGGAAAGUUCCAGAUGCCUUCUUUAGAUGUGUCCCUACCAAAGAUCAAAUCACAGGGAGGUGACAUUGAUAUUGAAGGUCCUGAGUUUAAGGCAGAUUUAGGCCUAAAGGGAAGUGAGAUUAAAGGAGGGAAAAUAAACAUGCCAACAGUUGAUAUCUCUCUUCCAAAAGGAAAAGCAGAGGGUAAAAUAGAUAUUGAGGGAGCCAAAGGAAAAGGAGGCAAGUUUAAGAUGCCUACAUUUGAUGUAUCGAUGCCAAAGAUGAAGAUGCCUGAGGGAAAUAUUGGCCUUGGGGAAAUUAAAAUGCCAACUAUUGACAUCUCAACCCCUGAAGGAACAUUAGAAGGUGAUAUCACUCUCGAAGGUGGAGGAAAAGGAGGUAAAUUCAGCCUGCCAUCUGUAGACGUUGCCCUCCCUGCUGUAAAAUUCCCUGAAGGAGAUGUGAAUUUUCAAGGGCCGAAAGUUAAAGGCCGGAAAUUUGAAAUGCCGAAAAUCGACCUCUCGCUUCCUAGAAGAAAAGCACAGGGAGACAUCAAUAUUGACAUUCACUCUGGAAAAGAUGGGAAUAUUGAAAUACCAUCCUGUGAUAUUGGACUUCCUAAAGGAAAAGUCAAAGGUCCUGAACUUAAGGGAGGAAAAAUCACCAUGCCAGACAUUGAUCUGUCACUCCCCAAAGGAAAGGCUGACCUCAGUAUUGGGGGUCCGGAGGUCAAAGGAGGCAAAUUCAAAAUGCCCAAAUUUGACGUUUCACUUCCAAAGAUGAACCUGCCAGAGGGCAAUGUCAAACUGGAAGGACCAGACAUAAAAGGAAAAAUGGAAAUGCCGACUGUUGAUGUUUCACUUCCAAAAGGAAAAAUAGCGGGAGAUGUUGACAUUGAUGGGCACGGUGGUAAAGGAGGCAAGUUUCAUAUGCCUUCACUUGAUAUCUCGCUUCCGAAAAUCAAAGCAAAAGGACUUGAUGUUGAUAUUCAAGGACCUGAAGUCAAAGGUGACAUGUCACUCCCUAAAAUGAAGUCACCAGAGGUAGAUAUCAGCCUUGAGGGUCCUGAUGUAAAAGGAGGAAAGUUCAACUUGCCAACCGUUGACAUUUCACUCCCCAAAGGAAAAAUUCAGGGUGACCUCGAUGUUGAGGGUCCUGAAGUGAAGGGGGGUAAAUUUAAAAUGCCCAAAUUUGAUGUCUCAUUGCCAAAAGUGAGUCUCCCAGAGGGUGAUGUCAAAAUAAAAGGUCCAGACAUCAAGGGAAGGAAGAUUGAAAUGCCAGACAUCGAUAUUUCACUCCCCAAAGGAAAAGCAGGAGGAGGAAUUGAAAUUGAAGGACAUGCUGGCAAAGGAGGCAAGUUCCACAUGCCCAAUGUUGAUAUCUCUCUUCCUAAAAUGAAAGCCAAGGGACCGGAGAUAAAUAUUGAAGGCCCUGAAGUUAAAGGUGGAAAGCUAAACAUGCCAUCACUUGAUGUUUCUCUGCCCAAAAUAAAAUCUCCCAAUGUAGAUAUCAGCCUUGAGGGUCCUGAUGUUAAAGGAGGAAAGGUCAAGAUCCCAACGGUUGACAUUUCACUUCCCAAAGGAAAAAUUGAGGGUGACAUAAAUGUUGAAGGCCCUGAUGUGAAAGGAGGGAAAUUCAAAAUGCCGAAAUUUGAUGUUUCUCUACCAAAGGUGACUCUCCCAAAGGUUGAUGCCAAUGUGGAAGGACCAGAUAUGAAAGGAAAAAUUGAAAUACCAACUCUUAAUAUUUCACUUCCAAAAGGAAAAGCAGACGUGGAUAUUGACAUUGAUGGGCACGGUGGUAAAGGAGGCAAGUUUCACAUGCCCACACUUGAUAUCUCUCUUCCUAAAAUCAAAGCAAAGGGAGUUGAUGUUGAUAUUCAAGGACCUGACGUCAAAGGUGACAUUUCACUCCCUAAAAUUAAAUCUCCAGAGCUAGAUAUCAGCCUUGAGGGUCCUGAUGUAAAAGGAGGAAAGUUUAACUUGCCAACUGUUGACCUUUCACUCCCAAAAGGAAAACUUGACCUUGACGUUGAGGGUCCUGAGAUGAAGGGGGGUAAAUUUAAAAUGCCAAAAUUCGGUGUUUCUUUACCAAAAGUGAGUCUCCCAGAGGGUGAUGUCAAGAUAAAAGGCCCGGACAUCAAGGGAGGAAAAAUCAACAUGCCAGACAUCGACCUGUCUCUCCCCAAAGGAAAGGCUGGCGCUGACCUCAGUUUUGAGGGUCCUGACGUAAAAGGAGGAACAUUCAAAAUGCCCAAAUUUGACGUUUCACUUCCAAAGAUGAACCUGCCAGAGGGCAAUGUGGAAAUGCCAACAGUUGAUAUUUCACUACCAAAAGGAAAGAUAAAGGGAGAUGUUGACAUUGAGGGACAUGUGGGUAAAGGAGGCAAGUUUCACAUGCCCUCGAUUGAUAUCUCUCUUCCUAAAAUCAAAGCAAAAGGAGUUGAUGUUGAUAUUGAAGGACCUGAACUUAAAGGUGACUUUUCACUCCCGAAAGGAAGAGUUGAGGGUGACCUGGAUAUUGAGGGUCCUGAGGUGAAGGGGGGUAAAUUUAAAAUGCCCAAAUUUGAUGUCUCAUUGCCAAAAGUGAAUCUCCCAGAGGGUGAUGUCAAAAUAAAAGGUCCAGACAUCAAGGGAGGGAAGAUUGAAAUGCCAGACAUCGAUAUUUCACUUCCCAAAGGAAAAGCAGGAGGAGGAAUUGAAAUUGAGGGACACGCUGGCAAAGGAGGCAAGUUCCACAUGCCCAAUGUUGAUAUCUCUCUUCCUAAAAUGAAAGCUAAAGGACCAGAGAUAAAUAUUGAAGGCCCUGAAGUUAAAGGUGGAAAGCUAAACAUGCCAUCACUUGAUGUUUCUCUGCCCAAAAUAAAAUCUCCCAAUGUAGAUAUCAGCCUUGAGGGUCCUGAUGUUAAAGGAGGAAAGGUCAACAUCCCAACAGUUGACAUUUCACUUCCCAAAGGAAAAGUUGACCUUGAUGUUGAGGGUCCUGAGAUGAAGGGCGGUAAAUUUAAAAUGCCAAAAUUUGAUAUGUCUUUACCAAAAAUGAGUCUUCCUGAGGGUGAUGUGGAAAUAAAAGGCCCAGACAUAAAGGGAGGGAAGAUUGAGAUGCCAGACAUUGACCUGUCUCUCCCCAAAGGAAAAGCAGGAGGAGAAAUUGACAUUGAGGGACAUGCUGGAAAAGGAGGCAAGUUCCACAUGCCCACUGUUGAUAUCUCUCUUCCUAAAAUGAAAGCAAAGGGAGUUGAUGUCAAUGUUGAAGGUCCUGAACUUAAGGGAGGAAAAAUCACCAUGCCAGACAUUGAUCUGUCACUCCCCAAAGGAAAGGCUGACCUCAGUAUUGAGGGUCCUGAGGUAAAAGGAGGCAAAUUCAAAUUGCCCAAAUUUGACGUUUCACUUCCAAAGAUGAACCUGCCAGAAGGCAAUGUCAAACUGGAAGGACCAGAGUUGAAGGGAGGAGAGAUAGCAAUGCCAGCUGUUGACAUUUCAGUUCCGGUGGGAAAAGUAGAGGGAGAUAUCAAUAUUGAAGGACCAUCUGGAAAGGGAAAGUUUGAAGUGCCAAAUGUUGACCUAUCUGGUAAAAAAGGUGGUGGACUCCACAUGCCAAGUCUUGACAUAAAUCUCCCCAAAUUUGAUCUUGACCUCAGCCUUCCCUCUGGUCUAAAAGACAAAAGCCUCAAAGUGGACACCAGUGGUCCUGAAGCAUCAGGAGAUUUCAAGAUGUCUGGUCUCAAAGGAGAUAUUAAUCCACCUAAGUUGAAAGUUAAGGGUGCGGAUAUCGAGACAGGUGUAGAAGGUGCAGGUGCAUCCCUAAAACUUCCUGCUGUCAAACUACCAACAGUUGACAUCUCAGCUCCAAAAGUGGAUCUAGACUUUGGCCUCGCUAAACCGAAAGCUGACGAUGUGGAAGUGGAGCUUCUGAAAGCAGAGGGAGGCAGGCCUUCUUCAGGGGGCAGCUUUGAUCUACCUGAUGUCUCCCUCAAAGUCCCCAGUUUCUCUCUUCCCAGGUUUGGUGGAAAGACCAAGAGUGGUGAUUUUUCGAUAUCUGGCCCCAAGGGAGAUGUUUCCCUCAGCCCACCACACGUGGAAGGAGAGAUUAGGGCACCAUCAGUAGAGUUUGAUGGGCAUGGAAAAGUCAAGGUCAAAAAACCUAAAAUUAAAAUGCCCUCAUUUGGUAUAUCCAAAAAGCAUGCAGAUGUAUCUGUGUCUUGUCCUGAUGUGGAUGUCAAAGUGAAAAAGGGGAAAAUUGGCAUUUCUAAACCGGAAAUCAAUGUUGAGAGCCCAGAUGAUAAAUCAAAAUACAAAAUGAAAUUCCCCAAGUUCUCAUUGCCAGGAUUUGGCUCUAAAGAAAAAGAUUUAGGUAAGCCAAGUGGUUACCUUGAGUCUAAAGGCAAGGUUAAGAUGCCCUCUGUCGAGCUGUCACUACCAGCAGCUAAUACACCAGAGACUGAGGUUCUUCUCCCCAAAGCAGAAGUUGAUGUCUCAGAGGCUGAUAUUAGAGGUUAUGAGGGAAACCUCAAAAUUCCCAAAAUGCCAACGAUUGACGUUUCCAUUCCCAAAAUAGACCUAGAUGUAUCCCUGCCAAAAGUAAAGCAUGAAGCAAAGGUUGAUGGACAAGGGGGGAAAUUCAAGAUGCCUAACAUCAAGAUGCCUGACAUUGACUUGUCCCUUCCUAAAGGAAAGUCACCUAAGAUUGAAGGACCAGAAUUGGAACUAAAAGGAGGUGAAGGAAAAUUCAAAAUGCCUCACAUAGCAAUGCCAUCAAUAGAUGUGUCCCUUCCCACAGGGAAAUCUGUAGAUCUUGAUGCAUCACUUCCCAAAGGAAAGAUCGAAGGUCCAGAUGUUGAAAUUGAGGGAGGUACCGGAGGAAAAUUCAAAAUGCCUCACAUGAAAAUGCCCAACAUCGACAUCUCUCUGCCCAAAGGAAAGAUCGAAGGUCCAGAUGUUGAAAUGGAGGGAGGAACAGGAGGAAAAUUCAAAAUGCCUCAUAUAAAAAUGCCAGAUUUUAACAUCUCUCUGCCCAAAGGAAAGAUUGAAGGUCCAGAUGUUGAAGUAGAGGGAGGAACAGGAGGAAAAUUCAAAAUGCCUCAUAUGAAAAUGCCAGAUUUUGACAUCUCUCUGCCCAAAGGAAAGAUCGAAGGUCCAGAUGUUGAAAUGGAGGGAGGAACAGGAGGAAAAUUCAAAAUGCCUCACGUGAAAAUGCCCAACAUUGGCAUUUCUCUGCCCAAAGGAAAAAUUGAAGGUCCAGACGUUGAAAUGGAGGGAGGUACAGGAGGAAAAUUCAAAAUGCCUCAUAUGAAAAUGCCUGACAUCGACUUCUCUCUGCCCAAAGGAAAGAUUGAAGGUCCAGAUGUUGAAGUAGAGGGAGGUACUGGAGGAAUAUUCAAAAUGCCUCACAUGAAAAUGCCCAACAUCGACAUCUCUCUGCCCAAAGGAAAGAUCGAAGGUCCAGACGUUGAAAUGGAGGGAGGAACAGGAGGAAAAUUCAAAAUGCCUCAUAUGAAAAUGCCAGAUUUUGACAUCUCUCUGCCCAAAGGAAAGAUUGAAGGUCCAGAUGUUGAAGUAGAGGGAGGAACAGGAGGAAAAUUCAAAAUGCCUCAUAUGAAAAUGCCAGAUUUUGACAUCUCUCUGCCCAAAGGAAAGAUUGAAGGUCCAGAUGUUGAAAUGGAGGGAGGAACAGGAGGAAAAUUCAAAAUGCCUCACAUGAAAAUGCCCAACAUUGACUUCUCUCUGCCCAAAGGAAAGAUUGAAGGUCCAGAUGUUGAAAUAGAGGGAGGUACUGGAGGAAAAUUCAAAAUGCCUCAUAUGAAAAUGCCCGACAUCGACAUCUCUCUGCCCAAAGGAAAGAUUGAAGGUCCAGACGUUGAAAUUGAGGGAGGUACUGGAGGAAAAUUCAAAAUGCCUCAUAUGAAAAUGCCCGACAUCGAUUUCUCUCUGCCCAAAGGAAAGAUCGAAGGUCCAGACGUUGAAAUGGAAGGAAGUACCGGAGGAAAAUUCAAAAUGCCUCACGUGAAAAUGCCCAACAUUGGCAUUUCUCUGCCCAAAGGAAAAAUUGAAGGUCCAGACGUUGAAAUGGAGGGAGGUACAGGAGGAAAAUUCAAAAUGCCUCAUAUGAAAAUGCCUGACAUCGACUUCUCUCUGCCCAAAGGAAAGAUUGAAGGUCCAGAUGUUGAAGUAGAGGGAGGGACAGGAGGAAAAUUCAAAAUGCCUCAUAUGAAAAUGCCAGAUUUUGACAUCUCUCUGCCCAAAGGAAAGAUCGAAGGUCCAGAUGUUGAAGUAGAGGGAGGAACAGGAGGAAAAUUCAAAAUGCCUCACAUGAAAAUGCCCAACAUUGACUUCUCUCUGCCCAAAGGAAAGAUUGAGGGUCCAGAAGUUGAAAUGGAGGGAGGUACUGGAGGAAAAUUCAAAAUGCCUCAUAUGAAGAUGCCAGAUUUUGACAUCUCUCUGCCCAAAGGAAAGAUCGAAGGUCCAGAUGUUGAAAUGGAGGGAGGAACAGGAGGAAAAUUCAAAAUGCCUCACAUGAAAAUGCCCAACAUUGGCAUUUCUCUGCCCAAAGGAAAAAUUGAAAGUCCAGACGUUGAAAUGGAGGGAGGUACUGGAGGAAAAUUCAAAAUGCCUCACAUGAAAAUGCCAAAUGUUGACAUCUCUCUCCCCAAAGGAAAAGUUGAAGGUCCAGAUGUUGAAAUGGAGGGAGGUACUGGAGGAAAAUUCAAAAUGCCUCACAUGAAAAUGCCCAACAUUGACUUCUCUCUGCCCAAAGGAAAGAUUGAAGGUCCAGAUGUUGAAAUAGAGGGAGGUACUGGAGGAAAAUUCAAAAUGCCUCACAUGAAAAUGCCAAAUGUUGACAUCUCUCUCCCCAAAGGAAAAGUUGAAGGUCCAGAUGUUGAAAUGGAGGGAGGUACUGGAGGAAAAUUCAAAAUGCCUCACAUGAAAAUGCCCAACAUUGACUUCUCUCUGCCCAAGGGAAACAUUGAAGGUCCAGAUGUUGAAAUAGAGGGUGGGACGGGAGGAAAAUUCAAAAUGCCUCACAUGAAAAUGCCAGAUUUUAACAUCUCUCUGCCCAAAGGAAAGAUUGAAGGUCCAGAUGUUGAAAUUGAGGGAGGUACUGGAGGAAAAUUCAAAAUGCCUCAUAUGAAAAUGCCAGAUGUUGACAUUUCUCUGCCCAAAGGAAAGAUCGAAGGUCCAGACGUUGAAAUGGAAGGAGGUACCGGAGGAAAAUUCAAAAUGCCUCACAUGAAAAUGCCCAACAUUGGCAUUUCUCUGCCCAAAGGAAAAAUUGAAGGUCCAGAUGUUGACAUUUCUCUGCCCAAAGGAAAGAUUGAAGGUCCAGAUGUUGAAAUUGAGGGAGGUACUGGAGGAAAAUUCAAAAUGCCUCAUAUGAAAAUGCCCAACAUUGACUUCUCUCUGCCCAAAGGAAAGAUUGAAGGUCCAGAUGUUGAAAUAGAGGGAGGAACAGGAGGAAAAUUCAAAAUGCCUCACAUGAAAAUGCCCGACAUCGACAUCUCUCUGCCCAAAGGAAAGAUUGAAGGUCCAGAUGUUGAAAUAGAGGGAGGUACUGGAGGAAAAUUCAAAAUGCCUCAUAUGAAAAUGCCCAACAUUGACUUCUCUCUGCCCAAAGGAAAGAUUGAAGGUCCAGACGUUGAAAUGGAGGGAGGUACAGGAGGAAAAUUCAAAAUGCCUCAUAUGAAGAUGCCAGAUUUUGACAUCUCUCUGCCCAAAGGAAAGAUUGAAGGUCCAGAUGUUGAAUUAGAGGGAGGAACAGGAGGAAAAUUCAAAAUGCCUCACAUGAAAAUGCCCGACAUCGAUAUCUCUCUGCCCAAAGGAAAGAUUGAAGGUCCAGAUGUUGAAAUAGAGGGAGGUACUGGAGGAAAAUUCAAAAUGCCUCAUAUGAAAAUGCCCGAUAUCGAUUUCUCUCUGCCCAAGGGAAAGAUUGAAGGUCCAGACGUUGAAAUGGAAGGAGGUACCGGAGGAAAAUUCAAAAUGCCUCACAUGAAAAUGCCCAACAUUGGCAUUUCUCUGCCCAAAGGAAAAAUUGAAGGUCCAGAUGUUGACAUUUCUCUGCCCAAAGGAAAGAUUGAAGGUCCAGAUGUUGAAAUAGAGGGAGGAACAGGAGGAAAAUUCAAAAUGCCUCACAUGAAAAUGCCCGACAUCGACAUCUCUCUGCCCAAAGGAAAGAUUGAAGGUCCAGAUGUUGAAAUAGAGGGAGGUACUGGAGGAAAAUUCAAAAUGCCUCAUAUGAAAAUGCCCAACAUUGACUUCUCUCUGCCCAAAGGAAAGAUUGAAGGUCCAGACGUUGAAAUGGAGGGAGGUACAGGAGGAAAAUUCAAAAUGCCUCAUAUGAAGAUGCCAGAUUUUGACAUCACUCUGCCCAAAGGAAAGAUUGAAGGUCCAGAUGUUGAAAUGGAGGGAGGUACAGGAGGAAAAUUCAAAAUGCCUCACAUGAAAAUGCCCGAUAUCGAUUUCUCUCUGCCCAAAGGAAAGAUUGAAGGUCCAGAUGUUGAAGUAGAGGGAGGAACAGGAGGAAAAUUCAAAAUGCCUCAUAUGAAAAUGCCAGAUUUUGACAUCUCUCUGCCCAAAGGAAAGAUCGAAGGUCCAGAUGUUGAAGUAGAGGGAGGAACAGGAGGAAAAUUCAAAAUGCCUCACAUGAAAAUGCCCGACAUCGACUUCUCUCUGCCUAAAGGAAAGAUUGAAGGUCCAGACGUUGAGAUUGAGGGAGGUACCGGAGGAAAAUUCAAAAUGCCUCACAUGAAAAUGCCCAACAUAGACAUCUCUCUGCCCAAAGGAAAGAUCGAGGGUCCAGAUGUUGAAGUAGAGGGAGGAACAGGAGGAAAAUUCAAAAUGCCUCAUAUGAAAAUGCCCAACAUAGACAUCUCUCUGCCCAAAGGAAAGAUUGAAGGUCCAGACGUUGAAGUAGAGGGAGGUACUGGAGGAAAAUUCAAAAUGCCUCACAUGAAAAUGCCAGAUUUUGACAUCUCUCUGCCCAAAGGAAAGAUCGAAGGUCCAGAUGUUGAAAUUGAGGGAGGAACAGGAGGAAAAUUCAAAAUGCCUCAUAUGAAAAUGCCCGACAUCGAUAUCUCUCUGCCCAAAGGAAAGAUUGAAGGUCCAGAUGUUGAAGUAGAGGGAGGAACAGGAGGAAAAUUCAAAAUGCCUCAUAUGAAAAUGCCCGACAUCGAUUUCUCUCUGCCCAAAGGAAAGAUUGAAGGUCCAGACGUUGAAGUAGAGGGAGGUACUGGAGGAAAAUUCAAAAUGCCUCAUAUGAAAAUGCCAGAUUUUGACAUCUCUCUGCCCAAAGGAAAGAUCGAAGGUCCAGAUGUUGAAGUAGAGGGAGGAACAGGAGGAAAAUUCAAAAUGCCUCACAUGAAAAUGCCCGACAUCGACUUCUCUCUGCCUAAAGGAAAGAUUGAAGGUCCAGAUGUUGAAGUAGAGGGAGGAACUGGAGGAAAAUUAAAAAUGCCUCAUUGGAAAAUGCCAGAUUUUGACAUCUCUCUGCCCAAAGGAAAAAUUGAAGGUCCAGAUGUUGAAAUCGAGGGAGAUACUGAGGGGAAAUUCAAAAUGCCUCACUGGAAAAUGCCAGAUUUUGACAUUUCUCUGCCCAAGGGAAAGAUCGAAGGUCCAGAUGUUGAAGUAGAGGGAGGAACAGGAGGAAAAUUCAAAAUGCCUCACAUGAAAAUGCCAGAUGUUGACGUCUCUCUACCCAAAAUAAAAUCUAGUAAAAUUGAAGGCGCGGAGUUUGAGAUUGAGGGAGGCAAAUCUAAAAUGCCACACAUUACAAUGCCUUCAGUAGACUUUUCACUGCCAAAAGGAAAGACAGAAGGUCCCAAAGUUGAAAUUAAGGGUGAUGGAGGAAAAUUCAAGAUGCCUAAAGUUGACAUAUCUCUUCCAAAAGGAAAACCUUCAAUUGAAGGACCUGCUAUAGAGAUGGAAGUCACAGGAGGAAAGUUCAAAGGUCCACAUGUUAAACUUCCAAAGGGGGGUAUAUCAGUGUCGACGAAUAAAUCAGGUGAAGCAGAGAUCAACUUACCAACCGUUGAGGCAGGAGGGAAAAUUAAAGUGCCACAAGUCACAUCACCAGAUCUGGAUAUUGAUGUAACACUUAGUAAACCUAAACAAGACACAGGGGCUCAUGGGGAAGCUGAUCUGCAUGUUGAGGGAGAGCACAAAGGUCUUAAACUCAAGAUGCCAACAAUAGAUGUCAAAGGUCCAAAAGGAGACCUGGAGUUUGAUAUAGGACUUCAUAAAGGAGAGGGCAAAAAAGACAGGAAAAUAGUUGAACUACCUGACUUGGAUCUUAACACAGCGGGAACCAGCAGCAAAGUAAAGGGGCCUAAAGUCAAAGGAACAAAAUUCAAGAUCGGAAUGCCAAAAAAGAAAACUGGCAAAGAUGUAAAAGCUGAAGUGAAAAUAUGCAAAAACUGUGGCGAUGAGGAGUUAGGUGGUCAAGUCCAACACAAAUGCAAGGGUAAAGAAAGAUUUGAGUACGAAGUUGAAGUCGAAACCCACAACGGACAUAAAGAGAACAAAGAUCGUAUUAACAUCCCAGUGCCAGAGGUUACAUUACCAAGUGUUAGUCUGAAAACCAAACAAGGCUCAGCCGACUUAGGAACAGGCGGAGAGGGUGGCCCCUCGUCAUCCAGAGCGGAAAUCAAAGUCCCCAGGAUACCAGACAUAGAGUUUGAUAUUGGUACAUUACAGGAUGAAGACGAAGACAAAACAGAAAAAGGCAAGAAAAUCAAAAUCCCAAAGUUUGGUGUCCCAUUACCCUCCAUCUCCUCUCCCGAGGGAAGAAUGAACCUCUAUAAGCCAGAAAUUCAGUAUGAGGGCCCUAAAAUACCCAAAGUAAAGAAAGCAGUCUUUGUCUUGGUAAAUCCUCCACAAACGGAUGAGCCCGCUGCAUGCACAGAGCGCCUCCUGGAAGAGGAGACGACAUCUGAGGACGUCAAAGUGAAGAUGCCCAAAAUCAAAAUGAAGCCGAGCUUUGGGAAGUCCAAAGAUAAAUCAGCUGCUGUGUCAUUUUCUCCUGGCAAAUCCGGGUCGUAUGAUGUCAAUCUAAAGGGCGAAGGUUCAAGUUCUGGUCUCAACGGUGAAAAAGACAAAGGGACAUUCAGUGGCAAAAUCAAACUUCCAAAGGUGGAGUUGACCUCUCCGUAUGGCAAGAUGGCUGCAGAGGGGGAGGACACCGAAAUGAGGGUGAAACUGGGAAAGGAUUCAUCACCAGGGGAAGUGGAGGGAGACACUAAAGGGUUUAAACUCAAAUCAGGCAAGAUGGACUUUGUUGGUUUUAGUGAGGAGCUCUCGAAGGACGUGGUGACAUCUCAUGCCAGAACAGAUAUGCUGGACAGGGACAGCUCAGCGUCCCCUGCUAGUUUCACCAUGGACUUCAGCUCCGCAAAGGUCCAGACCUGGAGCGAGGUCGAGAGCCAAAGCAGGGAGUCUGAAGAGAAAGAGUCUCCCUCCUGGUUCAAGGUCCCUAAGUUCAGCCUGAAGCCACACUCCACAGGCUUCCUCCAGAUAACCCCAGAGGGUUCUCCUCAGGCCCAGCGGAAGGGGGAGGUGGGAGGUGAUGUUGACGUCUCGGGGUCUUUCUGCCUCCACACCUCAGGGCACGACUUCACCACGAAGGAAUUGUCCGAAGAGCACCAAGUCUCCUCCGCCGAGGAGGGAACUCUCACCAUGGUGACCAAGACCACCAGGAUCACCCGGCACAUGGUUACCACUGAAACACGAACAGGUGAUUCUUCGGAAACCACGACAAAAACAACUCGCCAGGUGUCGGACUUCUGAGGAUGCUGUAAUGAUAAAUGUAUUUAAAUUUUCUUGUUUUUCUUUGGUGAGGUUGCAGUGUUCUUCUAUGCUAAGCCUGCAACAUGGCAAACCUCUAUUAAGUACAAGUCUUUAUUUUAUAUUUUAAUAGGUGAGGUAUGAAUGUGAUGAAAAACAAUAUGGCAUUUCAUCAAUCAGCAUCAUCGUCAUUAUUAUUAUUAUUAUAGCAACAGAGUAAUAUAUGCUUCCUUUUUUCAUUUUAAAUGUGACUAUUUUUUGUUACUGUUCUUUGAGUUUUGUUAGUUUAGUCCUACAUAUUUAUCGGAUUUUGUUUGGUUUUACAGUUUUUGAAUGUAAACAUGUCACAUUGCUUUAUUAUUUAUUGUUGUUUGUGUGUUCAAAAUGCGCUGGAACGAGUCAUUUACUCACAUCAGCAUCAUGGAUUUGACCAUGAUUAUACUACAGUACAGGCCAGAGUAAUAUUCAUGUAAAUACAACUAUAUCAUUGCUUUUUUUUGAGGCAGUAUCCCUUCAAUCCGAAAUGUAAUUAUUUUCAUAUUCACCAGAGUCAGGAGUAGAAAUGAUAUUUUUUUGAUCUGAUAACCUAUUUUGUUUGUCUUGGAGAAAAAGUGUGAGCUUUUUUGAGAUUAUAGGCUAUUCUCAUUUGCUGCCAUAGUUUUAUAUCUUAAGCAUUUAGCUGGUGCUGUUACCCAGAGAUAGUCACAGUGAGUGGGCAGGACGCUCUGGACUGCUGUGGGCAUCAAACCUGUGACCUUCUGGUUACAGGUUGCUCUCGAACAUUUACUGUAGGCCACCCUGCUGCUAAUCUAUUUUAUAUUUAUGUUUUUACUGUACACUGCCGGAAAAAAAAGACGCAACUGUAUAUUUUGUGAUUGAGGAUUUAGCUUCAAGAUAGAUGACAGAUUUUUGGAAACUCAGCUGUGAACUGAGUUUCAAAACAUCAUCAGCGAGCUCAGCUGGGAGGGAAUUUGGGGAUUUAGGAGGUGCUGUUGGGCGCUUUAACAAAAUCAGUAAAAUGAGUUUUAAAGGAAAACUGUAAACCUUUUUCUCUUAAAAAAUAACCUUCUUAAAAUCAGGCUGCUACAAUGAGCCUCGAUGAAACGCCAUCACGUAACAAAAUAUGUCCUCUAAAGACUAAAGAGGACCAAGGCACGUUUUCCUUUUAAUUACCAUGUCUUUAAUAAUCUGACAUUCUUCUGUUUGUUGUAUGAAUAUUAUUGAAGAUAUUACAGAAUAACAUUGGAUGUUAAAAUGUCAGAUUAAUAAAAGCAUUUUUAUUAGGUUUUCAAAAAGCUUGUCCUCCAUUUAAAGUAUAAAUUGCUUUGAAAUGGAGGGGAAAAAACCUUGUGCUGUCUUUUAGAUAUUUAUUUCAUUGUCUCUACAUUGAGAUAUUUAAGUUUCAUUCCCAAAUGCGGUACCUACCAUUUGAGAAAAAACAGCUACUGUAAUGUUUCUGGCAUUAAAUGAAAACUUACUUUUGAAAACUACUGAUUGUACACGCCACUCAUAGCCAUUUGCAUACAAGAAAACAGUUUCACAGGAUACAACCAUCUGAUUUGUCAAAAUGAUGAGCUACUUUUCAAGUGGAUGUAAAGCAUUUAAGAAUGGACACUUUGUACUUAACUUGGUUUACUUUACUCGGUUGGUAGAUGGAAUGAAAUUGUGUGAUAAAAAUGCAUGAAUAAAUCCUGACAAAACCACUCCCA